AUGACACUCGAACUCAUUCCGAAUAGUGAUCUCGUAUUUAAAGGUCCUUUUAAUGUCGUAUCAACAGCAACACUUAAAUUAUAUAAUAGUGGAAAUGAUCGAUUAGCAUAUAAAAUCAAAACAACAGCACCAAAACGUUAUUGUGUUAAGCCCAAGAGUGGUUUUCUUGAUGCACACGCAUCUGCUAAUAUGCAUGCUAUGUUACAACCAGAAGCAGCUGAUAAACCUGAUGAUCGUACUACACAUAAAUUUAUGGUACAAUGGGUUGCUGUACCCAGUAAUUAUACGGACGAUGUGGAUAAUUUUUGGAAGCAAGACUUAAAAAGUCUCUGUGUACAAGAUACGAAAUUAAAAUGUGUAUUUGCUGAUGAACAACCUACAUCUGUUACGCCUAAUGAUUCACAUGGACAUCGUGAAUUAGAUGCAGUAAGUUGAUAGGAAGAUAAAACAUAUAGUCACCUGGUGUAAUUCGGAUCACUGGUCAAAAAAAUCAAUUUAUCUCAGCCAUUGCUCAACUAUUUUACAUCGGACAACAAAAAUUUGCUCAUCAGUAGAUAGUCCAAAGUGUUUUCUACAAGUCUAUAUUAAAAUCUAAAAAAAAUUAAUUUUUUUAUGGAGUUGUCACAAAAAUGGUGAGAGCCUUGAGAAAAUGAUCCGAAUUACACUAGUUGGGAGAAUUCGGAUCACUCCCGUAAAAAUCAAUAGAAAAUCAAUAAACUUAACUUUCCCAUCUUCCUAUUAACUAAUAAUAAAUUGCAAUUAAAUAAAACAUACACCAUCCGAUAGCUCAAAGUCUUUUCUAUGAGACCUGAAGAGAUUUCAUCAAUUUAUUGCAUUAUUGAAAUGCAAUUCUCACAAUACUGAGACCUACUGAAGAUAAAACUUUUUCUUUUAUUUUUCAUCUGGUGUAAUUUGAAUCACUCCAGCAAUUUCAACUGGGAAAAACUUUGAAAACUUCUAGCAUUUUUUGAGUAGGUUUUCAAGUGUUGUUUCCGAGACAAAAAAUGUUCGUCUCACUUUGCUCUAUCUUUUCAUGUAACAAUGGAGCAAAAAUAAACUGAUUUGACUCAUUAUCAAUCGAAAUAAUGAAACAUCAAAAAAAGAACAUUUUUGUUGACUCACUCUUCCUAUCUUUGGAUUAAAAUUUCAUUUUUAUGAGAAGUCUCACAGAAAAAGAUUUUGACUUUUCCGAGACAAAAAAAAUAUUACUGCUACAAAAUGAUAAAAAAGAAAAAGAAAAAUAUCUAUACUUAAGAAGCUAUACCGCUAUUAAACGAGGUUCACUUGAGCUCAAUAUCGCUACAUUUAGUAUUUAUUCAAUUUUCGAAAAAUAAAAGCCAAUUAUUGAAAAAUAUUAAGAGUUCGAAAAAAACAACAAAUAAUAUCAACAGUUUGCACAUAACUAAUAGAGGUGUUAUCAGCAUACUAGAUCCAGAAUGCUUUUUUCUGAAUAAGAUGUAAGAAAAACAGAGAAAAGUAUGAAUUUUGAAAUGAAGGGACCUAAAUAGCUGACAAAAUACGCAUAGCACAAUGAAGACAUGAGUUAGCAGGGGGAUCCCGAAAGAUACGCACGGCAAAAGUUGCGCACGGAAAGGGUGUGGGUGUGAGUGUGGGUGUGGGUGUGAGUGUGGGUGUGGGUGUGGGUGGGUGCACUCUAAAAAAAAUCGGUUCUUUACUCAACCCCCAAAAAAGGUUCUGGAGAUUUCGAAAAGCAUCCAAAUGUGUCAAAAGUCGCAAAAAAAGGAUAAAAAAAUCUACGAAACCUUUAAAGGUUCUUUCGGUGUACCCAGAAUAAGAACCUUUUCCCGCGAAACCUUUUUUU